AGAGAUGUCCUCCCCUCCAGUCCAUACUACUCCCUACAUGCACUGUGGACACUGUGACCAUUGAAGAAUUCGAUGUCUUCGGUCUACUGGACAAAAUUAUAUACCCUCACUUUUCUCGUCUUCUGAAACAGGGCAUUUAUGAGGACACUCACAAAUGUUCGCAAACCAAGAGCAAACGAUUUGUCAGCUGACUACCAACUUUCUCGUUGAAUCAUCAGAAAGUGGAAUUUAUUACACCAACAUGUGAUUGAAGCUCUAUCUGCCGACGCUUUUAAAAGAAAGUUGGAUCAACUCAGAGACCACUAUUCUCAGGACUAACACAGGCCACUUAGCCUUCCGUCUUUUCUAAACCGAAACUUAGUUAUCAUCAGUAUCGUGGUAACAAACAGGUCAACAUAUCAAAAAUGUACGUUACAGAAUUUAUUGAUUCCAAAAUAAAACAGCGGAGAGUGCUACUGAUAUCAAAACAAAACUCUCCAGUUUGUCAGACUAUUGAGAGAAUUUUGAGAACAUACAACCUGAAUAAAGAACAGGAUAACAAUUUUGAAGUACUGUGCAUAGAUUGCAGGAGGGAUUGUACUACAGUAGAAACAUAUUUAUGGCAUAAGCUAAUCUACGGAAACAGGCAGGUACCACAUUUAUUUCUGGAUGGCAAGCACAUAGGAGGAGAACCAGAAAUAAAGCGCUUACAUGAAAGCGGUGAAAUGAGACGAAUAUUUAAGGAAGCAGGUCUUUGAAAACUCCUUAUAAUCAAAGUAACAAACUAAGGAAUGUAGAAAGGAACUUAUUAUUGCUAAACACUUCCAAUAGAAGGUUGCUACGAAAUAUAUACCAUAUUAAAAUUAAAGUGACGCUUUAUUGAUCUCACGAAACUACCCAAGAAGUAAAUAAUUACCUUCGUUUCAAACUUAAUAUACGACAAUAAACUAGACAGGAAGCAGCAGCAAAACGAAUCAAAUCAUAAUACUACAAAAAGUCAUCCCGUGGCAAAGUCGAACAUGAAAUUCCCACGAAAUAUCGCACAAUAAUAACUGCACGUUUCAUUAGAGAACGUUCGAGUUUAUACCAUUGUGUUGUUAGUAACUAGUAUUAAUAAACGCUGAGUUUGCCUGAUUUUACUUGUCCCAAUUACAACCAAACAAUUCAGCAGAACAA